AUGGCGGAUCGAUCGAUUCUUAACAAUUUUCAAACAAACGAUACUCCGUACGUAGCUUUCCAAGACAACAAUGAUCAAGAUCUGGAAGAAGAAACUUCUGAAAGCUUUGUUUUGCGUCAGACAGGAAUACCGCGAACCAUAUCUUCCCGAUCUUCGACAUUCCAAAACUUUGUUAAUAGACAACAACGAUAUCAGCAUUUGCCUGAGGACGACAUCGAUGAGGAACCAUAUCAGGAGAGCAAUGAGGUUCCACGUUCUUUAAUCAUAGAGAUGCCUUCACAACGUAAGAAACUUAACCCAAGGCCAGGAAUGAACAUCAAAGAAAUGACCAUGUGGAAAUGGGCUAAUGUCGAGAAUCUAGACAUCUUCUUCGAGCAGCAGAUUCAAAAUCAACGCACUUUCUCUUUAAGGACACUGGGAUUUGUCAUGGGGUUUUCGACGUUUUUGGUUGGAUGUGUUGAUUAUUCCUUAAUGAGAGAAAAAAACCGUUUGUCGGAAGUAAUAAUACCACAAUGCAUCAGCAAACUAUCAGGCUGGACGAAGCUAUUCCUAGUGUUAUUUUCCAUUUUCUGGAUAAUCCAGGUGGUUCGAUUCGUCUCGGACAUUCGUCGUUUAAUUGAUAUGUAUAAUUUCUACACAUAUCUUCUGGAUAUUCCCGAUGUCGACAUGCAAACUGUGUCGUGGCAACAAAUUGUAAAUCAAAUAAUCAAAAUCAGAGACAAUAACCCAACUACCUCUCAAGGUUCCGCUAACAAACCUCAACAACGCUUAGACGCUCAUAAUAUAACAAAUAGAAUAAUGCGUCAAGAAAACUAUCUCAUCGCUCUUUUUAAUAAGGAUGUAUUAAAUUUGACGAUUCCGAUACCUUUUUUCAAGAAGCGCAAUAUGUUAACAAAGACCUUAGAAUGGAAUUUAAGUUUUUGUGUUCAAAAUUAUGUAUUUAAUGAUCAUGGACAGGUCAGGAAGCGCUUUAUAAAAGAUGUUCAAAGAACGAAAUUAAUUCAAGGGCUUCGUCGUCGAUUUAUUUUCAUGGGACUUCUUAAUUUUAUAUUCGCUCCUUUUAUAGUUAUAUAUCUUAUCUUGUACUUUUUCUUCCGUUACUUUGAGGAAUUUCGUUCAAAUCCGGGAACUCUAGGUUCACGUCACUGGUCACCGUUUGCACGUUGGAAGUUUAGAGAAUUUAACGAAUUACCCCAUUUAUUCUAUCAAAGAUUAUCUAAAAGUUACAAACCCGCAAACAAAUACAUUGACCAAUUUCCAAAGGAGAAAACAAAAUUGAUCACACAAUUUAUACUAUUCAUUGUUGGCUCUUUUGCCGCAAUACUGAUCGUGGUCACUUAUAUCGACCCAACAUUCGAGAUUACAUCCGGUCGAACUGUGUUCUUUUACACUGGAGUUUUCGUACCAAUUUUGGCUGUUAGCCGUGGCACGAUCCCGGACGAUCACUUGGUAUUUGAUCCAGAAACAAGGUUAAAGAAAGUUGUGGAACAUACACAUUAUUCUCCUAAUGAGUGGAAAGGUAGACUGCAUUCUGACGAAGUUCGUAGAGAGUUCAAUCAAUUAUUCGAAGUCAAGUCAUAUCCUGAUUCAUUUUUUCAGAUUAUUGAUUUCUUUCGUGAGUUUACCGUGCAUGUAGAUGGUAUCGGUCACGUCUGUAGUUUUGCAGUAUUUGAUUUCAAGAGGCAUGGCAAUGUGAAGUAUGGCGCGCCAGCUGAAGUUGAUAACGAGUAUUAUCUUUCGAAGGAUGGCAAGAUGGAGAAGAGCUUCUUAAAUUUUAAGGCCAAUCAUCCUGAUUGGGAACCAACAGAUCCUGCUGGCUCCCUCUAUCUGAGUCGCCUGACUGAGUUUAACAACCAAAUUCAUCCAGAACGCCCCAGUACUACGCGCACGUCUGCCAUGGAUUCUAUUGUAAAGUCGAACAGACGCGGCAGUAAUGUCCACUUUGGAUAUCCAAUUGGCGCUUCACAGUCAACCACUCAUCUUAAUAGUGUUACAGUAGGCGGUGUUGGAAUGGAUUCGAUAAUAGAAGAUGAACCGAGUACUUCAAAUAAAUCGCACCGUAGCUAUCAAGCUGAUCGGUUGUCUGUAGAACCACCAGGAUCACCUAGUUCGAGUCAAGAGUAUUACGCAAGUGACUUGGGUGAUUCAUACCUCUUUGCAAAUACGAAGAAUAGAGACGGCGUUUCCGAGUCAGUGGAACAUGAUCGACCGCGAAAUGGCGGUUUAUUGGGUUUAAUGAACCAAUUUUAUGAACUCAACAAUUCAGCAAUGUAA